CCGGAAGUACUUUUGUAAGAUGGUAGCGUAGUGAUAGGAAGCCGCAUGAUUUUUCUGUUUUGUUUUAACUACUACUUUUUAAUAGUAUUUUACUUCUGAUUGUUUUUUUCGUGUCUGUAUUGUGCAUAUGUAAUAUUUUGGAUGUAUUUAUUCUAGGAUCUAAAUGGAUUUAUAAGUCUAGUGUUUUGCCAGUUUUUAAAGGGAAAAAAAUGUCAGAAUUCAAGCCUACCGUUAUUCAGACAUACCCAAAGCUUGGAGAAAAAAUUACUCAGGAUACUCUCUACUGGAAAAAUUACAAGACCCCAGUUCAAAUAAAAGAGUUUGGUGCAGUUACAAAAAUUGAUUUUUCUCCACAUCUUCCAUACAAUUAUGCAGUAACAGCUUCUGCAAGGAUUCAUAUUUACAGUCGAUAUUCUCAGGAGCCAGUAAAGACAUUUUCCCGCUUCAAAGACACUGCAUACUGUGGCACAUAUCGGAGUGAUGGGAAACUGAUUGUUGCUGGCUGUGAAGAUGGUGGUGUUCGCAUGUUUGAUACAUCUGGCAAAGCACCCCUAAGGCAGUUUAAUGGUCACAAUAAAGCUGUGCACGUGACACAUUUUACUUCUGAUAAAUUUCGAAUAAUGUCAGGAUCAGAUGAUUAUACAUCACGACUUUGGGAUAUUCCAAACUCAACUGAAAUUCAGUCAUACAAGGAGCACACAGAUUAUAUCCGGUGUGGAUGUACCAGUAAUCUCAAUACUGAUAUUUUUGUUACAGGUUCUUAUGACCACACAGUAAAGGUUUUUGAUACACGAACAGACCAAAGUGUAAUGACAAUGGAGCAUGGUCAGCCUGUGGAAAGUGUGCUGCUUUACCCUUCUGGAGGACUUCUGGUUUCUGCAGGUGGCAGAUAUGUUAAAGUCUGGGACAUGUUAAAGGGAGGUCAGUUAUUAGUUUCGCUAAGAAAUCAUCAUAAAACAGUGACUUGUUUGUGCCUUAGCAGUUCCGGGCAGCGACUGUUUUCAGGAUCACUGGACAGGCAUGUGAAAGUGUACAGUACAGCUACCUAUAAGGUUGUUCACAGUUUCGACUAUCCAACUUCCAUUCUGAGUCUGGCAUUAGCACCAGAAGAUGAGAUGAUAGUUGUGGGAAUGACGAAUGGAGUACUGAAUCUCAGACAUCGUAAACAGAAUGAAGAGAAACAUGAGUUUGCUCCAAAGAAGAGACGACCAGCUUACCGGUACUUUGUGAAAGGCAAAGAUUAUGUACCCAAACAAGAUGACAUUCUUGUUAGCAAACCAGUCAGGACACACUUGAAGAAAUAUGACAAAUUACUGAAAAGUUUUGAAGUAUCCAAAGCUCUUGAUGUAGUGCUUCAGCAAGAGAUCAGAGUUAGAACACCAGAGGUAACAGUUGGUGUAAUGCAGGAGUUGAACAGACGAGGAACACUGAAAAAUGCACUGGCAGGCAGAGAUGAGAAACAGCUUAGCCUGUUGCUUAGUUUUUUGCUCAGAAAUAUAGUCGACCCAAGAUUCUGUCAUGUUUUAAUCAGUGUUGCAGAGAUAAUUAGUGAUAUCUAUUUUCCAGUGAUUGGACAGUCAUCUGUGAUUGAUAGGCAUUUUGUAAAGCUUCAGGAGCUCAUAGAGAGAGAACUAGAUUACCAAGGAGAGUUGAUGGAGGUGUUGGGUAUGCUGGACACAUUGUUUGCCACAAUGACAUCGAAGAAGGAGUUAUUAGAACCAGAGAACACAGCUAACAACGUUUUAAAACAGCAACAGACUGAAAGCAUGGUCACUACCUGACAUAUUCCACUUAUGAGGUGUUACAUUAGGCUGAACAUUGAAAACGCUUAAAAUAAUUAAUGGCCAUCUGAGCUGACUUGCUGGAAAUGGUAACUUCUUCACCAUGCUGACAAAGGAACUGUUCUUGCCCAGUGUUUUUUUUCCUUGACAUGGAGGAAAUAUUUCGUAAUAAGAACAUCCAUCCAUGUAGUCAUUCUGUGACCCAAAAAAGGAACUAGGAAAUAAUGCAGCUACUGUUAAACAGAAUGAAUAAUAGUGUUUUUUUCCAGAAAUAAUUCAGAUUAUACUGCAUAAAUGUUACAGAUGUACAUAUUAAUUUGAAAAUUGCAGUAUAUCUGCUGUUAGCUUCGCAGACUUCAACAUUUUUGUUAAAUUUUGGAAAGACUCAGAACUUUUGUUAGAUUUUAAAAAAUUGACACAUAGCCUAUAACAGACCUUGAAAAGCAAUUUUUAUCAGGCAGUGCUUAAUGAGUUUGUAUGUCUCAUGUAAAUCAUCCUUGGUGAUUGAAGUGUUGGUAAACCUGGUUUUCUGAAAGAUG